UGGCAGGAAGGCCAAGCGGAAGCCGCCGCCACUCAGCAGGUACCGCCGCAGGACGGCCAACGCCAGGGAGCGCGAGCGCAUGCGCGAGAUCAACGCCGCGUUCGAGGCGCUGCGGCGGGCCGUGCCGCCCCACGCCGCCGCCUACCGCGCAGAGGACGCCGCCUCCGGCUUCUACACGGGCUCCGACGACGGCUCGGAGCACCAGCAGCGCUCCGGCGAGAAGGUCACCAAGAUCGCGACGCUGCGCCUCGCCAUGAGCUACAUCGCCGAGCUGACGCGCUCGCUGGAGGCGGUGUCGGCGUCGUCGCCGUCAGCGGCGCCGCCCCUGGAGCAGAGGACGCUGCUGCUGCCGCCGCCCGCCGCCCCCGCCGCCUCCGCCGCCGCCUCCGCCUCCGCCUCGGCUGCCUUCCUGUCGUGCCUGACGCCGCCGCUGUCGCUGACGCCCUGCUCGUCGUCUGCACUGCCGGAACUGUGCGACGCGCUGACGCCCCCGGACCUGUGCGCCGGCCUCACCGUCGACCUGGCGCUCACGCCGCCCCCGGGACUGGACGAGCACUGCUUAUCACCCCACUGA